AUGCCACUUAAGACCCAAGAAAUAGGGAGGAAAGCUGGAGCACAGAAGAAGAAAAAGAAUUGGGGUAAUGAUGUGGAGGUCGAAUCCAAGGACAGACUGGUGGUGCUGGAGAAGUUGCUGCUCCAAGACCUUUUGGAACUGAAACAGAGGUUUCAACAAUUGGCGAGAGAAGGGGCCCAAAGUGAAGGGAAAGCCAUAUAUGCAGAGAUGAGCCGCCAGUGCCAGACCCAGAGGAAGGAGAUGGAGACCUGCAGCAAGCAUCUGGAGGAAGAAGUGAGGGGCCUUCGGGAGCAGUUAGAGAUGUGCUAAAAGGAGGCCGAGGCUACAUGGGAAGAGGCUGAGCACGACCUCGGAGAGCAGGACUGGACCCUGGCCCAGCUUCAGGUCCACGUGGCAGACAUGGAGGCCAAGUACGAGGAAAUCUUGCAUGACAGCCUGGACCAGCUCUUGGCCAAGCUGAGAGCUAUCAAGCCUCAGUGGGAAGGGGCUGUGCUGAGACUCCACGCCAGGCACAAGGAGCAGCUGCACCAGUUGAGACUCAACCCCCUGGAUCUUUGA